UCCUCAUCCUCUCUCUCCGCCUUCCUCAUUCGCCGUCCAGCCGCCUCCAUCUCCGGAUGAAGAUGAUGAAGAUGUUCCCGGCGGCCGGAGCCAGGCUCGGCUCCAGCUCCAGUGAGGACGGGUUGGUGAAGACAUGAGCCAGAACUGAUGGAGUCUCUGAACGCCGUGGAGCUCCGGGAGCUGCAGCGCCGCGGCGGCUCGGCCAGCGGGGGGCGCUGCGCCGCCGGAGGCUUCGAGAACGUCUCCUACCAGCAGGACGAGGAGUCGGACGAGCCGGGACCGGCUGCGACCCGCGUCUGUCCAUCCAGAACCAGCACGCUGCAGGUUUCUCCAGAGUCGUGUGACGAUGAGGAUGGCGGCGCCGCUGGAGGAGGAGGAGGUGAUGAAGGUGUGGGCCUGGCGGCGCCGGGCCCGGCUGACGGCCGCUCUGCGGACCUGGGCUUCGUGGUGGCGCUGGUUCUGCUGGUGAGCGGCAUCGUGCUGGUGGCGGUGGCCUACACCGUCCCCCGGGACGCCGGCGUGGAUCCGGACUCGGUGUCGGCCCGGCAGAUGGAGAAGCUGGAACUGCACUACGCCCGCCUGGGCUCGCACCUGGACAGGUGCAUCAUCGCCGGGCUGGGCCUGCUGACGCUGGGCGGGAUGUUCCUGUCCGUCCUGCUCAUGGUCUCCAUCUGCCGGGGCGAGAUGUACCGCCGCCGCGCCGCCUUCGUCCGGCCCAAAAGGACCUACGGCUCCAUCAACCUGAGGAUGAAGCAGCUGGCGACCGGAGAGGCGGACGGAGAUGGAGUGGAGCGGAUUCUGGUGGAAAACACACAACCAGGGUCCAGCCGGGACCAGAACUCAGAACCAGAACCGAGCAGAACGCCGGCUGCUGCUUCAGCUGAAUGUGGAGUUUAGUCAGAAUUGAUCCUGUUGGAUUCGGUUCGGUCCAGUUGGAUCCCAGCCGUCAGAAGCCAAGCAAUCAGACGGCUUUGUGACGUUGGCAGACAGGAAGUGGAGCGGUAAGGCCCGGUGGACAGAACUCAUCUGGAGGUUAUUAAAGAUCAGAAUCACUGAAACAAUUCACUGCAAACUAAAAUACUCAACCAGUAUUUUAGUUUUUAGUGCAAACUACUCCAAUUUACUUGCAAUAAGACAAAACUAUCGUACUUUUUAGCUCCAUGUAGUAGUUUGUUUUCAGGAAUUAAUCUUGGAACAUUAAUUUUAAAUAAUUUUUUCUCCUCCAGCUAAUUUCUUUCCUUAUGUAACUUUUUAAUCAAUAUUAAGGAAUCAUUGACUUAAAACAAACUUCUUGCUGAAGAUUUACUUGUAAGUUGGUUUUGUCUUAUUUCCAGUAUUUUAAGAUAUUUGCACUAGAAACUGAACUAAAAUACUUGGUAAGAUUUUGUGUUUUUGCAGUGUAAUAAUUCCUGCUAUUUUAAUCCUAUUAAAGCUAUAAAAAGCACAUUAUUUAGAAACAGAAAUCAGGAAUAAUGUUUUAGUUUCAGACCAGAUACACCUCAGUCACAUUUUAAUUAUAGACAGAAUAUACAUUUAAUUAUUAUAAUUAAUAAAAUAAAAUAAGACAGAGAGAUUUGUUGCUUGUUCUUAAACAGAGGCAACAUUUAUUUAUUUAAGCUUCAGCCAUAAAAUAAAAACCAGGUAGAAAUUAAAACCACAAACCCGACAUGAACCCAAUAAACCAUGAAAUGUUCAGUUAUGAACUAUAACUGAAUAAAAAUAUGGAAAUUAGCUUCAGGUCUUUUGGAAAUGUCAGAUUUUUCACAGCCAGCCUGAGGCAUAAGCAAAGACUUCUAUAUUCGUUUCUGUUUCUCACUGUGAGAAAGUUUCCUCCUGGAUGCUAACCGCUAAGUGUUAGCUUCAUAAUAUAACCUAGAUGCUAACCGCUAAACGUUAGCUUCACAAUAUAACCUGGAUACUAACCACUAAACGUUAGCUUCACAAUAUAACCUGGAUGCUAAGAGUUAGCUUCACAAUAUAACCUGGACGCUAAGCGUUAGCUUCCUAAUAUAACCUGACAGACGCAGCUGAGGCUAUAAACACAAAAUAUGGAAAAGAAAAAAAA